AUGAGUCGUGGCGACCGUUACGAGCAAGACCGUUACUUCUACGAGCGUGAUCGCGACUAUGAGCGUGACCGCGACCGAGACCGCGGAUACGCUCGCGACCGAGUUGUCGAGGACGACCGUUACUACAUGCGCGGCGCCCGCGGCGCCGAAGUAGAAGAGCGCGACCGCUUCUAUGAGCGCGAUGCCGAUUUUGACCGUCGUCGCCCGGCCUACGAGGAACCCCGCUAUGCCGACCACCUAGCCCGCGACUUCGAGCGCCAGGUCGCCUUGGACGAGAGGGAGCGCGAGUUCCGCCGGCCCAGGAGUGACAUUUUCGACCGUCGCCCCGAGCCUGGUCCUCUGGUCCGCCGCUCGCCCCCUCCGCCCGCCAGGUCCCGGUACGAGUAUGACGAGCGUGACACGUAUCGCGAGUCUUACCGUGAGCCCUCCCGCGACCCGUACCGGGACGAGUUUUACCCUCCUCCCGCGCCCCGCUCUGAGCGACCGGAGCAUCUCCACGAGGUCGUACGCGAGCGCACCAUCGAGCGCGAUCGCAGCCCGGCUGGCUCCCGGGUCAGCCGCAGUCACCACUCCAGGUCGCGCAGCAGGAGCGUUUCCAGUCACAGCCGCAGCGGCGGUGGAACCAGCGUGCGCUCAGAGUACCCAAAGAAGGGCAAGACUCGCAUCCCCGCCCGUCUCGUCUCAACCAAGGUCAUUAUCGACCUGGGAUACCCUUUCGUGGAAGAGGGAACUACAAUUAUUAUUCAAAAGGCCCUUGGCCAGGAACACAUUGAUGAGUUACUCCGACUCAGCGAGGAAUACACAAAGACCACAGCCGAGGUAGAAAUUACUGUGCCAGCACCACCACCACCAAAGUCGAAUUCCGGCGGCGAGAUCAUUGAGGAGCGCCGUGAGGAGCGUCAUACCCCGCAUCAUGACGAGGUCAAGCAAGAGGUCAUCAUCACUCCGGCACCUGCUCCGCCUCCUCCGCAACCCAUCUAUAUCCAGGCUCCGGCUCCGCCCGUGCCUGUUCCCAUUCCCGCCCCCGCUCCUCCACCUCCCGCUCCGGUAUCGAAUGUCCCAAUGAUUGUCGACGCCCAUCCACGCUCCCCUGGCCGUGCCACCGUGGAGGUUGUGGACAAGACGGUCAUCCGCGAAGAUUACCCUCGCUAUCUCAGGGGCGACUAUGAAGAGGACACUCUGGUAGUUGGUCCCCUUGUGAGAACCCGCUCGCGCUCGCGCUCCCGGGCACGUUCCGACAUUCGUGCUGAGAUUCGUGCCCUGGAGCGAGAGUACGAAGGCUCGCGAAGGCACCGCCACCAUCACCACCACCGCGAUGAGGAAGAGUACGACAUCAUCCGCACCGAGCGUUCAGAGGAUGGCCAACUGGUCGUGUACGAAGAACGCGUUGAUCGCAUCACCAGCCACCCCAAGCCGGCGAGACUCGAAAAGGACAAGAAAGCACCACACCCUGGCCUGCUGCGCGCCAUGUUGACCAGCCUCACGUGA